AAUUCAUGGGCAUACAUUGAAGUUGUAGUAGUAGAAGAAGCUGAUAGGGUGAUUUUACGGUUAUGGACUUGGAGAGAGAUAGAGAUAGACCCCCCUAUCACAGGACUCCAAGCAUUAAUAGUGGCGGUACGACAGCCACUGGAGAGCUCCUGGUUUGUUUCGCUUCCCGUCUCCCUUCCUCUUCUUCCAUGAAGCUCUCCAAAUCUAUACUCAGUCCGGGCCGGUCUCGCGACCCAUCCGUUUCCCUCUCCACUUCCCUUAGCCGGCGUCUGAGGAGCAACGGCAGCAUCAAGGCCGGCCAGGCCUCCCCGAUGUUCCCCAAGAAGCGCGGCUCCGCUUUCGAGAACCCCGAGCCUUCUUCCCCGAAGGUCACUUGCAUCGGCCAAGUCCGUGUGAAGACCAAGAAGAAGGUGAAGCACACCAGAAGCCUGUCGAACCGGAGGGGUGAUUUGAGUUUCAGGAAAUUAGAUCAGGGGACGACGACGGAGGAUGGGUCGCAGUCGCUCCACUCUCUCCAAGGCCAGAGGAGUUCGAGCGUCCAUUAUCAGGAAUGCGUGCCUCACAGGAACCAGAGGUGGGUUCAUUUGCCUUUGACCAUCUGCGAAGCUCUGAGGACGUUCGGGGCCGAGUUUAGCUGCCUGUUUCCGUGCCGGUCUUCCUGUUUCUCCCCCAACGAGAGGGAUAAAGCGGGGAAAGAAAACGGAUCUAAGGACGGCGGCAAUGGUGAGCCGUCUAAUGAACAGCAGCACAGAUCUUGUGGCGCCGUGUUGGCUAGAUGGCUGGUGGCCGUGCAGGAGGACGGGGUAGGAGAAAAGGAAAGGGAAAUUGAGCUCGUGGUUGCAGGAGGAGAUGAGGAGGAGGAGAGAAUUGGCGGUAGACCCAGCACUGCAAUGCCGAGUUCGAGAUCCAGAAGGCACGUUUUUGAAGAUUUUGACCUCAAAGGGGAAACUUUUCAGGAACAUAAUGGCGAGGAUGGAGAAACAGUAGUAGCUGAGGAAGAGAAUGCCCGGGUGAGUAUCUGCAUUCCCCCUAAGAAUGCUCUCCUUUUGAUGCGGUGUCGGUCCGAUCCAAUGAAAAUGGCCGCUCUCACCAAUCGGUUCUGGGAAACGCCAUCUGAUUUCACCAAGAACGAAGACCCAAAGGGCGAAGAAGACAUAGCUGUCGAAGAACAAGAGGAAAGUCAUGAGCCUGAAGUUGAAGUGUUGGUGGUGAAUGAUGAGUGUGCUGAGGAAUUGGCUGAUGAAUACAAUGCUUCAUCCUCUGUUGUGCCCAAAGAGGACCCGAAUGAAGAAACACCGAUGGCUGAAGAAGCACCGUGUUGCGAGAAAGAGGAAACUCAAGUACAUCCAGAGGAGGAGGCAAAGAUGGAGACAGAUGAUCACAAGCAAAAAGAUGUAGAUUCAGCCUUGCCUGAUUCUCACAUUGAUCAUCAUCAUCAUCAAUCAAGCAUAGAAGAUGUGAGUUCUCAGAUAAAUGAUCAUCAACCCGUAGGAACAGAUGACCCGCUUUCAUCAGAGCAAGAAGAAAAAGAAGAAAGCACCCCGCCCCCAUCUUCUUCUUCUUCUUCACAAAUUAACUCCCCAGAUCAACAUUGUGAAGGAGACGAUAAACUAGAGGCAUCCAUUCAAGAACUUACUGAAGAAACCAACAGGCCCGAAUUCGGAGCAGCUGCAGAUGAGGCAAUAGUGGAAGAGCCAGAUGCUGAGAUUCAGAAGGAAACAUUGAAGAAAGUAGUGGAAGAACAAGAGAAGGAUGAGGAGGAAAAUGUAACAAAAUUGUCUAAGAAAGAAGAUGCUCUGCCAGACUGUUUACUGCUAAUGAUGUGUGAACCCAAGCUAUCCAUGGAGGUCUCCAAGGAGACAUGGGUCUGCAGCACGGAUUUCGUCAGGUGGAUGCCGGAGAGGCCGCCACAAGCCAAAGCUCGCAAAAAAGACACCACUGUUAAUAAACGUCCUCAGCAGCAGCAGGACAGGAGCCGCCAGCUGCUGCUUCAGCCGGUGAGGAGGUCAUCGUGUUCGCUGCCGCCGAGGUCGUCGGUUUCCGGCGGGUCAAUGGCGAGUUUGAUCGAGCAGAAGCUGGUCAACGCGAUGGCGUAUGAGCCGUUUGUGCUGACGAGGUGCAAGUCCGAGCCGAUGAGGACCGCGGCGGCCAAGCUGGCGCCGGAGCCUUGUUUCUGGAAGGACAGGAAGCUGCUGGAGCCGCAUCGUCGCGCCACCUUCGGCUUUGGGGCUGCCGGUGUCGGCUUCUGACCCAUCUUAGCUGUCAAAUAAAACCUAAACGUCGUGUGCUUUGUCCUCGUCCACGGCACGCCUGGCUAUAUAUAUACAUGUGCAUAAAAUAACUUAGAACCGCACAUAACUCCAUAAAUGAUAAAAAUUAACAAGUACUUGUAGGAGCUUUAAACUAAGUAUAGGGUAAGAACUACCAUAGAUAUUAAGCUUGAACAACAUCAAAUUAACGGAGAAGAAGUUUGCUAGAGUCCGUCAACAUACCACGAACUACUGUCCAUUGGGGGUCUUUCUUCCAUUGAACGAAGGUACACAAACAGAAUAGUGACUGAACCGGAGGACAAUGCUAAGGCGAUGGAAGGAUGGACGAGAUAACAUAAACAAAGAUAAUAACAAUAAAGAUGUUAUUUGAAAUAUAUAUUUUGUACGAAUAUGUUAAGCUUCCGCAUGUAUAAUAGUUAUUCCGAUAUUAUUAAUAAAUAAAUAAGUUUUGUUUAAUACUCCAUCUACUGUUUCAAAAAGUUAGACCCGUUAACACCGCGAGUCGGAUAUUCGAAUAAAUUUGGGUAUCCGGG